AUGGCUUCAUAUGGCCUCCUAGACCAGUCAGAAGAAGAUGCACUCCACAAAUCGCGUCUCCUCAACGUCGAAGAGAGACCCUUCAAACGAAUCUCCAAGCGCCUCUUAAACCCCGACUCCAUCCUUGUUUCGCAAUCCUCUCUCCCUACCCCACCACCCGAAGAAAGCGACGACAGCCACGCGACCGCAGAAGCCCAAAAACAGAAAAAGCUCGAAGAAUGGCGCCACUUCCGAGAAGAUGUGUCGCUGGAUUUCGCUGCAUUCGAAGCCAGCAUCACGCGCGUGCAGUUUCUUAUCACAGGAAAUGAGAAAGAACGCCAGCGAUAUGCCACAGAGCGAGUACAGAUUCUGUCUACAAUGCAAUCCGUCCGGGAGAGCACAGCCGAUCUCCGUAGUCAACUUGAAGAGGCGCAGCGACUACUCUCCUUGCGCAAGACGUACGACGAACUGGCCGAUAAAAUCACUAGCAACCGCCUACUGAAGCCGCGCGAGGAUCAAUCGGCGAACCUCCAAAAACUGCGCACGGAGAUCGCGGAUCUAGAGAACGAGAGCAAGGACUACGCCACAACUUGGGCUGAGCGGCGAGAGCAGUUCGGUCGCAUUGUCGACGAGGGCAUGCAGCUGCGUCGGUUGAUUCGCGAUGAGAAAGAGGAGGUUGAGCGCCGGGAGGGGAUGCAGGAGGGCGAGGAUGGCGAUGAGGGCGAUUCCACAUCGAAGGGCAAGGCUAGCAGUGCCAAUACCCCGGGCCCCGACAGCGAGGGUAUGACUCCGCCGCAGAUCCAGGAGGAGCCCCGACCUGCGGCUUUGGUGGUUGAAAAGACAGGCGCUACCGGAGCCGCGUCACCUUUGCGCCAGGUGACUACGGCGUCCAAUAAUGAGGACACGAACAUGGUUGAUGAUGGCGAAAUCUCCGCGAUCAGUGACGGUGAAUUGUCCGAGCUUGAAGAGGGAGAGGAGGUUCCUGACGAUCACUACAAUGAGAAGAUGGAUACUACUUGA